UGAAAGCUCUUAAUAUAUUUUUAAACAUUACAAUAAAUUAAUUAGAUUAAAAAAAGAAAUGGAGUCUUGGAUUAUUUUAUCAGUCAUCGGGUUGCUUCUCCAGUCUAAUGUAUCAGCUAUUUGGUUGUGCAAUGAAGAUUCAGAAUGUGCUAGUCUCGCUGGCAGCGUCUGUAAGGAAGGAUCCUGCUUGUGCCCUGAAGGACAACAGUCCGUGCUCGGUGGUACAGUCUGUGCUGAUUUGGCGCCAUAUUACUUCUCUUCUUGCGUAGAGGAUCAUCAAUGUUUCAGAUUAUUUAAUAAUUACGAAUGUAGACGCAAUGAAAACUCAACAGAAGGUGUAUGUGACUGCAGAGAAGGUCACCACUAUCUAUACGGUAGAUGUUGGAAGACGUCCGACUUCGGAGAGACUUGUUCAAGGAAUGAAGAGUGCUUGGGAGUCAUUAGGAAUCCGUUCAGCAUGAUUUGUGAUACAACAUGUGUCUGUGCUGACGGUUAUUACUUGAGACAGAGAGGUGAAUGUAGGAAACGAGGUCUUGCUGUUGGAGAUGGUUGUGUUGUAAAUGAAGAUUGUCAAUUUCCUGACGGAGCUUGUGACGUGACGUCUUUUACAUGUUACAAUCUUAAUGGUGUAAAAAACACUAAUACAGAAGCUCUAGUAUUAAAAUUAGAAAGUGACAGUUCUAACAAUACGACUGACGUACCAGAAGAAGAUGGCGGAUUAGUCACAUGUGACGCUGACAACAGAUGUCCCCAACCAUAUGAGUGUUCGCCAUUCGGAGUGUGUAUCUGCCCUUUGGGUUAUUAUAUCGAAGGAAAUUCAACUUGUUUAGCUGAGCUAGCUUCACCAUCUACUGAAGAGCAAUGUGCGGGUCUGCUUGCGGUGGUUGUGGACGGUGUAUGUACAUGCCCACCCAAUUUCUUCUUUGAUAGGAACAUGAGAGAUUGUAUUAGAGUAACGCGUCGUUUCAACGAGUCCUGUGUGACGGAUGAUAAUUGUCAUACAUUCGGUGCGGCGUCCCGCUGUGGACCACCGCAAGAACCUUGGGGACUUCGGACAUGUGAAUGUAUCGCGGAAUAUGCAGUUUGGGACGCAAGGAGGGAAAUGUGCAGACUGUUUGCUGGUAUUGGAGAAACGUGUGAAGUGGACAGCGAUUGUCUAGCUGGCGAGUUGGAGAUCCAGUGUGUACAGAAUGAACUUGGCCAGGGAUACUGCACGUGUCCUGAUGGAUUACAAGAAGUGGAUGGUCUUUGUCUUACUACAGGAUUGGAGCUAGGAGAUUCCUGUCAAGUAACAGCUGAGUGCACAGGCGCAGAGCACGCGGUCUGCGAGGCAGGUCGCUGUGUAUGCGGGAAUGGUUAUCAACAAGAUGGGAACUUAUGUGCUCCUGUGAUUGGUGGUACAUGUUUCUUGGAUACUGACUGUGUGAUCCCUGACACAAUAUGUCAGAGUAACAACGGUAGUCAGACAUGUCAGUGCCGCGAUAGAUUCGUGGAGUACGAUGACCAAUGCUGGCCAGAAUCUCUUGGUCACGGCAGUGAUUGUAAUGUGACUGCUCAAUGUACAUCAAAUUUGGGUGAAUUUAGUAAAUGUAUGGACGGGCAAUGUGAAUGUUUGAACACAUACCAUUACAAAGAUGGCAGAUGUUGGCCUAUGACAGGUCUUUUCGAAGCGUGUAGUCGAAGCAGUGAAUGUUAUUUAGCCAACAUAACAAAUAGAGUUGUGUGCAGAAAUGGACUAUGUCAAUGUGGCUUCGAUUUCCCCUAUUCUGAACAACUGAACACGUGUACCUCUUCGGGGACAAGGAUUACAGUCAGCUUCGUAACAAUCGCUAUUUCCUUAAUCUACGCCAUUUACAGUUAAAAUUAAGAAUCUUUGUUAAAAAUUAUUUAUAAAAAAGCAA